UCUGAACUUUAACGUGGAAUCCUCUCAAGUUUUUUCCUGACACUUUUUCCUGCAAACUGUAGGAUGGAUUGUUUCCCCUCUGUCGUUUGCUUUGUCUUUCUCUCUUUCCUGCGGGUUACAGAAGGUCUCUACUUAGCUCAUCAUAAAGAUUUACUCCAAGACAAAUUGCUGGACUAUGUGUUAGUGAUUCCCAGGUGUACAGAUGGGGAAGGAAGAUUUCUCUCUAACCUUGUAUCAACAUCUGGCAGAAGUCGAUGGAGAAGGGAAGUGGGCAGUUCACAGCACGAGCCGAGCAAUGGACAGUUGUAUUAUAACGUUACGGUCUUCGGGCAAGAAUGGCACCUGCGGCUUAAACUGAACUCGCGACUGGUGGCACCUGGAGCCAUGGUGGAGUGGCAAGAGGGCAACACCACCCACACCGAGCCUCUGCGUGGAGACUGCGUCUACUCCGGGGAUAUCACCGAUGUUCCGGGAGCUUCGGUCGCCAUCAGUAACUGUGACGGGCUGGCUGGCGUGAUCCGAACUGACCAGGGAGAAUUCUUCAUUGAGCCUCUGGAGAAAGGCACAGAGGAGGAAGAGGAGAAAGAGGAAGGUGGGAGAACACAUGUGGUGUAUCAAAGGUCAGCAAUCAAGAGACACGAAUCAAUACGGGACGUGCAUUCAAAAGAGCCUUGGUUCAACGGACUGGAUGACUUUGAAACCAUGUUGGAAAGCGUUGAGCAGCUGAGGAACAAGAAGAGGAGAGUGCGGAGACACGAUAAAGACGUUGACUACAACAUUGAGGUGCUUCUGGGAGUUGACGACUCAGUGGUGCGAUUUCACGGCAAGGACCACGUGCAGAAGUAUCUCCUUACACUUAUGAAUAUAGUCAAUGAAAUUUACCACGACGAAUCUCUGGGAGCCCAUAUCAAUGUUGUGUUAGUUCGGAUCAUCAUGCUGAGUUACAACAAGUCCAUGACUCUGAUCGAAGUGGGGAACCCUUCGCAGAGUUUGGAGAACGUGUGCCGAUGGGCCUACUCGCAGCAGAAGCCUGUCACCAGCCACGCUGAGUAUCACGACCACGCUAUCUUCUUAACAAGGCAGGACUUUGGUCCAGCGGGAAUGCAAGGUUAUGCCCCGGUGACAGGAAUGUGCCAUCCUGUCCGUAGCUGCACCCUGAACCACGAAGACGGGUUUUCUUCGGCAUUUGUUGUUGCUCACGAAACUGGACACGUGUUAGGCAUGGAACACGAUGGACAAGGAAACCACUGUGAAGAUGAGAUAAAGAUGGGCAGCAUCAUGGCUCCAUUGGUCCAGGCUGCUUUCCAUCGCUUCCACUGGUCUCGUUGCAGCCAACAGGACCUGAGCCGUUACCUGCAUUCGUACGAUUGUCUCCGUGACGACCCAUUUGAGCACGAUUGGCCUCUACUCCCCCAGCUUCCAGGAAUCAAUUACUCCAUGAACGAGCAGUGUCGCUUUGACUUCGGGAUGGGCUACAUGAUGUGCACAGCGUUCAGGACUUUUGACCCCUGUAAGCAGUUGUGGUGCAGCCAUCCUGACAACCCAUAUUUCUGCAAGACGAAGAAAGGACCUCCACUUGAUGGGACAAUGUGUGCUCCUGGCAAGCAUUGCUUUAAAGGUCACUGUAUCUGGCUCACGCCCGACGUAUUAAGACAGGACGGGAAUUGGGGAGCGUGGAGCAACUUUGGCUCCUGUUCCCGAACUUGCGGAAUUGGGGUGCAGUUUCGGACGCGCCAGUGCGAUAACCCAUUACCCUCAAAUGGUGGGCGAAGCUGCUCUGGACAGAGCUAUGAAUAUCAGCUGUGCAGCACUCAAGACUGCCCUGAACAUUAUGAGGACUUCAGAGAACAACAGUGCAGACAGUGGAACAGCAACUUUGAAUAUAAGAACAGCAAACACGAAUGGCUCCCAUACGAGCACAGUGAUCCCAAGCAGAGGUGUUACCUGACCUGUGAAUCCAAGGAAAUGCGAGAGAUUGUGUACAUGAAGAGAAUGGUGCAUGAUGGAACACGCUGCUCCUACAAUGAGCCCAAUGGCAUCUGCGUUCGAGGGGAUUGUGUGACAGUCGGCUGUGAUAAGGUGCUCGGCUCCACCAAGGAGAAAGACAAAUGUGGUGUCUGUGACGGGGACAAUUCUCACUGCAAAGUGAUCAAAGGCACAUUUUCCAGAGCACCAAAAAAAGCAGGCUAUCUGAAGAUGUUUGAGAUUCCAGCUGGAGCAACUUAUGUCAGUGUGCAAGAGACCAAUGCUGCGCCUCAUUAUCUGGUGAUCAAGAACCAAGCCACGGGCUAUUUCAUCCUGAAUGGAGAUGAUGAUAUGCCGGAAUCCAAGACGUUUAUCGAGAUGGGAGUGAUCUGGGAGUAUUCCAAUGACAACGACAAGGAGUCCUUACACACGACUGGUCCCCUGCCGAACGGGAUCGUGGUUCUGAUGAUCCCACAUGGCAGCACCAAGUCUUCGCUCACUUACAAGUACACGAUCCAUGAGGAUCUCCUGGCCACCAUGACCAACGAGGUGCUUCAGGAGGAUAUGGCCACCUUCGAGUGGGCUUUGAAACGGUGGUCUCACUGCUCCAAGAACUGCGGAGGGGGCUACCAAUUUACAAGAUAUGGCUGCCGCAGGAAGGCUGAUGCCAAGAUGGUUCAUCGCAGUUUCUGUGAUGCCAACAAGAAACCGAAGCCCAUUCGGCGCAUGUGUAACCUGCAGGAAUGCUCCCAGCCCAUAUGGAUAGCGGCCGACUGGGAGCCGUGCACCAAGUCCUGCGGCAAGUCAGGCUACGAGAUGCGUAGCGUACGCUGUGUUCAGCCUCUCCAUGACGGCACCAACCGCUCCGUGCACAGCAAGUACUGUAACGGCGACCGGCCGGAGACCAGGAGACCCUGCAAUCGAGAACUGUGCCCUGCCCUGUGGAGAAUAGGACCCUGGUCACAGUGUUCCGUCACCUGUGGAAACGGGACUCAGGAAAGGCAGACACUUUGUCGAACCAGGGAUAACUCGAUCGGCUUAUGUAAGGAUGAGAAGCCGGACACUGUGCGGAUUUGCAGACUUCCGUCAUGUAACAAAAACAACUCUGCGGAGACAUCGCUCAUUUCCACCAACGGGAAGUCUUUAAUCCAGUGGCUCUCCCGGCCCGAUCCCGAGUUUCCCAUUCGGAAAGUCUCGACAAAAGCCCACUGUCAUGGGGACAAGUCCAUAUUCUGUCGUAUGGACGUACUGGCUCGGUACUGCUCUAUCCCUGGUUACAAUAAGCUCUGCUGCAAGUAUUGCAAUUCGCUGGAGGAACAGCUGACGAGCAAAGGGAACGAGUCGGAGGGGCUUAAGCCCAGUAAACCAACCGUGUUGCCCACCCUACUCACCACAUCCACCGUGGAGACCAGCACCGCCGUCUCUGGGUCAACGAACACCACUCAAGGGAGUGUGGAGAGAAACGCCGUGGACGACACGCACAAGCCACAAGACGUCAGGAACCGGAGAGUCCAACAGCACAAAAUCCUCACCCCUAUCCGGCCGAACAUCGUGAGCAACCACAGACUGCAAUUCCUGCUUGACCAGAAGAGGAAAGAGAUGCUGGACAGUAACAUGCACAAGAGGGUUUUAUCAGUGAAGGAAAAUAGCUUACCUCACGAGGAGAUCUAAAAGAUCACACAGUCAGGGGAGGAAAUCGCAGAGAUUCACCUUGUAAAAGCUGCUUCAAACUUGCCAUGCGAAAAGCAACACCUUCAGUGCGAACUUUGUUUUAGCAGUGUUAAUACAUACACACAUAUAUAUAAUAUAUGUGUGUGUGUAAAAAACACUACUAACUUUAUUAACCAAUAAUUGUAAAAUGUCAGUGCUUGGCACAACAUGUCACAUCGCUUCUCAAAGCUUCUUCUCACAACUCGUUAGCUCAUAAUAACCUGGUUUUACCACUAAACCUCCCUCUCUUUGUUAACUCAUCGCUGCCACUAUGUUAUAUUAACCAUAAUCUUUGCACUUUUUUUUUAAACCGCAGUAAACUAUCUUGGAAGAA